AUGGCUGGGCAAAGAGGCAAUACAGCAGAGGCUGCCGUUGGUCGCGGACCAACUACUGCGGAACCUGAUGGCCUCACGAAAGGAACGCCACACCGCGGAUCAAACUCCCACUCCAAGGCAUCAGUGAUCGCGAACAUCGCCUCAGCUGUUUCCCUGGGAGAGCAAAGCAGCCUACUGAAGGCUGUUGAAAAAGACUCUGAGAUGCUGGCGGAUCUCUUGCAUGAUUUUACACGUACCGUCAAUACCAUAUCGAUUCCUCUGUUUUGUUUUUUCGAGCAGCACAAGUCAGAUGUUGCAAAGGUCAUAAGAUUCAAAGGCUCCAAGAACUUGAUGCCGAGUGUCAAGGAUGCAGUGGUUGAUGAGCACUCCGGCUGCCUUGACGGCUAUCCUAAACUCGGCCUAGCGAGUGACCACUUUCGGCUGAACAAAUUCACCAACCCGGAUGAUGGUAAUUAUCGUCUGGUGUGUGAAGAGGUUGUGAGAUUUGUUGAUAGCGCGCCUGAGCGGAUUAGUAGUCGACGCCCGGCUCUGCCGACCAUGCCAAGCUCCAGCGAUUUCGAUUCUCGUUAUCUCAGAUCGGCUUCGCAUACGACGAAUCAACCUCGAAAUGAAAUCGAAGAACGACAUCGUGCGAGCGUCCAGGCUUUGUUUGCCACAGAUCCUGCCGAUGACAUGCACAUGAUUGCCAACAAGAAAGACAAGCUAUUAGACACCAUAGACUCCUGGAUCAUGAAAGAUGCUACUUAUAUCAAAUGGCUGGGGGACGAUCGUUCACUUGUGCUAUGGCUACAUGGCGAUCCUGGAAAAGGCAAAACGAUGUUGGCCAUUGCGUUGAUUGAGGAAUUCUCGAGAAAGCUCCGACUGGACCAAUCUGCGAAUGAUACCGCCUUGCUCUACUUUUUCUGCGACAAUCAAGACGACAGGCGUCGGACAGCGUCCCUCAUCCUUCGUGGCCUGAUAUAUCAAACUCUCUGUCAGCGUCCAGAUCUCGCCGUCUACUUGCAUAACGAGUACGAGAAACAACGCGAGCAAUUGUUCUCCUCUCCGAACUCCCUACACACAUUGUGGCGGAUAUUCCAGACCAUCAUCGAGUACUCCGGCCUCCGAGAGAUCUUUAUCGUGAUUGAUGCCCUUGAUGAAUGCGACAAAGAAACAAUGGAGACGUUCUUGGUGCUUCUUGAGCCUUACAUCACAAUUGAGGAUGAUGAGCUCGCUCAGAGUUUCCAGAAGGAUCCGAGAUGUAACAUCAAAUGGCUCUUGACGAGUCGAAACGAAUUGAUGAUUAAGCAGCUAUUGACAGGGUCACUAGACGUUAGUCUAGAGGAAAACUCUAGUCAUGUUGAUGAGGCUGUUUUGAAAUUCAUUGACGUCAAAGUGAACCAGUUGACCAGGGUGAAAAAUUACGAUGAGGCGCUUAGAGCAGUCGUGGGAGAUUGCCUUCGUCAGAAAGCCGAGGGAACUUUCUUGUGGGUUGCGCUGGCCUGUCGUGAAUUAUCGAAACCCUCGGUAUUGUCGAUCAACACGGAGGAGACACUUUCUCAUCUACCUUCUGGAAUAACGCCUUUGUAUACUCGAAUCAUGGAUCAAGUCUUGACCUCUGGAGACGAGAAGUCCACUGUUUAUAUCAAAUCGAUUCUCCAGUCUAUGAUCGUGGCUCUGAGACCUCUUAUGCUACCCGAGUUGGCUGUGGCUGCGGGCUUGCCAAAGCAAUAUCAUCACAACCUCCACGUGCUCGCAGAAUACGUCGACCAGUGUGGAUCAAUGGUUACUAUUCGGGAACGGCAAGCUCACUUCGUUCAUCUGUCGGCGAAGACCUAUCUAAGACAGGCCCAUUUCGUCCACUUGUCAGCCAAAACCCAUCUUCUCGAGAAUGGCAUAGACAGUAUUGUCUCUCACGACCUCCGUGCUGAGCACCGGAACAUGGCCAUUCAUUGCUUCCAAUACGUAUGUGGCCAAGUACGCUCUGGUCCAAAGCCUCGUGAUUCAUCACCAUCCAUAUCAUCAUUUCGCAAAAACAGCGAGGUGGGGAAAGACGCAAGAGAUGACAUCUCAUUCCUUGAGUAUCCCAUGCUUUUUUGGACAGAUCACGCGCGAGAUUCUUCGGAUGAUAUCUGCGAACAUUUUGACGUGCAGGAAGAAUUCUUUCAAGCGAGAUCAAAGGAAUUCCAAGGAUGGUUCGGCGCAUACUGGGUCAAGACUCACGCUGAAAGCGAAAAGGUACCAGGCUCGUUCACAGCAAUGCAUCUCGCAGCGUAUGCGGGGCUUUCAUGGUUGCUAUCGAAGCUGAUGGAGUCAGGUCGCGCGUCUGAUAUACACUCCCGUGACUCCCUCGGUAACCAGCCGCUCUUAUGGGCUGCGAUGAAUGGGCACUUCCAAGCGGUGCAAUUUCUAUUAGCUCGCGGAGCCCAAAUAGCAGCCAAAAACAAUGAAGGUGUGACCGCGCUUUACUGGGCAGCUAACAAUGGACAUGCGUCCAUCAUACAACGGCUGUUGGCCAAAGGUGCCAACUGCAGGCCCAAAGACAAAAUUGGAUGGACCCCGUUGCAUCGAGCAGCUUUCAACGGACACACAGGGGUUGCACGCGUACUUUUAGACAGCGACGCAGAUAUCGAGGCGAAGGAUGGUACAAAAUGGACCGCUCUGAUGCGAGCAGCGACUAAUGGGAAUAUGGAGGUUGUGCGACUCCUACUCGCAAGAGACGCAAAUAUCACAAUAAAAGAUAUGGAAGGCUGUACUCCCAUGCACCACGCAGCGUUGAAGGGCCAUGCGUCAAUCGUCAAGCUCCUCGUAGAACAAGGCGCCGAUCCAGAGCACCGGGACAACGACGGCUGGACAGUCUUGCAACAUGCAUCAUGGAAUGGCCAUGAGAAGACCGUGAGAUAUCUGCUCAAGAACGGCGCAAAUGUGCACUCCAGAGCAGAUAAUGGUUGGACAGCACUGCAUCAAGCUACAUGGAAUGGUCACGCAACAGUGGUUGGACGUUUGCUCAAAGGCGGCGCAGACCCAAAUGAGACUGAUGACGAAGGAGAAUCGCCUUUGCAUCAGGCUGCCUGGCGAGGGCAUCCUGCAGUCAUGAAGCUACUGUUGGAAGAAGAUGCUGACCCCAAUUUGAGAGACCGUACUGGCCAGACAGCGCUUCAUCAAGCCGCCAGUAAUGGCUCAAAGGCGGUAGUGCAGCUGCUGCUCGAUGAAGGAGCUGAUCCACGUGUUGAAGACGACGAUGACCGAAAGCCACAUUCGCUAGCAGAGGAAAAUUUCCAUCAUCAGAUAGCCAAGGUCCUGAGAGAUCGAGAAAAAGAGGUCUACGGUGACGAAGUACUUCCCGACACAAAUAAUAUUCCCAAAACAUCCCUUCCUGAUUCGCACGUGGAUUCAGCCAUCAUCGCCAUCCUCUCUGCAGACCCAGAAACAACCGUGAUUGAAGCGUAUGGUCAGGCAGGAUUUUCUACUCCAUCGAAGGUUACUACUGUCAAGGAAGGAAACAUUAGCGUCCAUUUUUUGAAGACAGGACCUGAUGGCGAAAUGUUCAAAGGAGAGCACGAAUCGUUGACUGCCAUUCACUCAGCCGUCCCUACCCUUUGUCCUAAAAGCGUCGCCCAUGGAAAGCUUUCGGAUUCUCCCGGCUACUUUCUCCUCACCGAGUUCAUCGACAUAGGGGCUGUCAGUGAUGGUAGUCAAAGUCAUGGUCUAUCUCUUGCUCAAAAGCUUGCAAAAUUGCAUAGCUCCCCUACGCUGAUUCCGGCAGGAUUUUCCCGGCCGGUUUUUGGCUUUCCCGUCAUGACCUGCGUUGGUCGCACACUUCAAAAUAAUGCAUGGAGUCGUUCUUGGCCUAAAUUUUUUGCCGAAAACCGUCUCCGCGCUGUCUGUAGCCUUGUUGAAAAAAAUCAUGGAAGCGACCCAGAUCUGACCUCCUUGCUUGAUCGGGUCGUUAAGGAGGUCAUCCCGCGGCUUCUGGGAAAUGGACAUCUGGGAGGGAGGCAGGGAGUUCAACCUGCGCUUGUUCACGGAGACCUGUGGUCUGGUAAUAAGGCCCGAGGAAGGGUCGGAGGCAAAGGCGGCAUGGAAGAUCUUAUAUUCGAUGCCGGCUCGUGCUUUGCGCACUCAGAAUACGAACUAGGAAUAAUGAGAAUGUUCGGAGGCUUCUCUGCUGGAUUCUUCAACGAGUAUCAUCGGCUGAUCCCGAAGACGGUACCAAAGAACGAGUAUGAUGAUCGUCUAGCGUUAUAUGAAUUGUAA